UGGCGUUUUGUUUGGGCGCGUGGCUCUCUGUAUUGCUAUCUUGCGGAAUUUACUAAAGUUGGUAUAACUAGAGAAGCAAGCGGUCGGCAACAUUCAUCUCUCGAGGGGGUGUCUAACUUGGUGUUAUGAUGCGUUUGACCCUAAAAGUGUCAUUCUAAAUGGUAAACCUGAUUUGAUCACACUUCUGCAUAAUACGUUUAUUUCCCUGGAAAAACGCUGCUAAAUAUUACAGGAUGUACCUUUAAAGGGCUUUCCCUGCCACUUCAGUUGCAUUAACUUUAUUUUGAAAGUCACAUUACCAUUCAUCCGGUGUCUUCUUCGUUUAGCUUCGUCUCAUCCGCGCUCUGGAUCGAUUGAUCAGCCUGGCCCGGGCCAACACGAAGCGAGAAAACGGGGAUUCUGCCUGCUAUUCCUCCCAGUCAGACCCCCUUCGUAACGUUCUUUUAAUCGUUUUUCGGACUUUUUCAUUAUCGUUAACCCUCCGUUGAAUUAACGUCUCUGCGUCAGCGGGGCGCGGACGGUUAUUUCAUGUCACGUUUGCGGUCCGUCAGACAAACGGGCUCCUUGCGUCUGCUGGCGGAGCGGGGAGCACCGCAGCCUUGCGUCAAAGCCAGCUAAAGCUAAAACCGUGGUAGGACAAGUCAGCAAUAAAGACCGGUAACAGUCAGCCACGUUACCUCGAGCCUGCCAGCGGACGGGGUUAUUUUUGGCACGGUCGCUCGCGUACACAUGCUCCGUUUUAGACGCUUGAGCUAGUCCAACAUCUGUCCCGGAGCUGUCAGUGAAAACCAAAAAAUAACCUUAGAGACAAUUCAGUCCGUUUUUUUGAGGGUCUUCAACGGCUAUUUUUGACGCGACCGUUUCGUCUCUGAACGCCACAAAAACAAGGAUAUUUGCGAAAACAUCGUAUUGAAGAAGGGGCCGUAUAUCUGACACAUGAGGCCCAGCUGAAAAGAUGGACCUGAAUUUUUAUUCGGAUUUAACAGACGGUACCGGGCAGCACGACGGUGAUCCAGAGUUCCUGGAUCCGCAGUCAUUCAAUGGAUUUGACUCUGACAACAAGGUGACUCUAGCUGAUGACUGGGGAAAACACCCUCCAAGCUCUUAUCAUGUAUCAAAGGAGAGAUUUAAUGCAUUAAAGUAGUUUAUUAUUGUGUUUAAAGUCAAAAGAAGGAGAUAAUAUGUCUAGGUUCUUCUAGAUUAAUCUUCUUUCUGUUUCAUGUUUCAGUUCCCGGGAGGAAGCGACAACUACCUGACCAUUUCAGGGUCCAGCCAUCCUUUCCUGUCCUCCUCAGAGGUAAGGUCUCACAGCGUAAAUCAAACAACAUGUCAUUUUUCCUCAACAGGGAGGUGGAAGUAGAAGUGGAGUUAGAUUGUUCGCCUUUAUAAUAUCUGCGGACACUGCAGGCAGUAUCAUAAAUGUGGCUGCUGUUGAGUGAAACCAGGUGUUUCUAUUUCGCCGUUCCGCUUUCUGCAGGUAGAGCUCAGGUGAUGUGGAAUCGCGUGAUCUCACCUGAGCAAAUACGGCUUCAGGCCUCAAAUUAACGAGUAAAUGUAAAUAACGUUAGUUGGGGGAGCAGACCUCAGAACUUUGUUUAUAUUUCAGAAUGAUGUUUGCUCACUGUGUCCCUCUGUCUAACUAACACACACCUGAUCCACCAGAUCUCUGCCUGUUUUUCACGAAUUCUGCUUUUGGGGUCACGAAGACUCACUUUGUCAUGAAGCUACAGGGCUUGACACAAACUUUUUUCACAGGGAGGACAUGUGCUCCUAAGUUGAAAAAGUAAAGGUCCUUACACACCGGGGACGAAUAUAGAACGCAAAAUUACGAAAUACUUGGAGGCAAAUUUUGACGCGCCUGACUAUACACAUCAAGCCCGAUGCGAUUUUGCAACUUUCCGGGGGGAAAAAGACACAUCCCGGGGAAGACCUUUCGCAGGGAAAGUCCCGCCUCCUUUGCCUCUGAUUGGCUAGAAAAGAUGGAAACGUCAUCACACGCUCAAGCCAAACAGUCAGCACUUAUAGCCAAUCAGAGGCGAUAAGCACAUGAAACUAUGGUAACAACCGUUAGCAACGUUAGCAAAGAUGAAAGUUAAAACAAAGAUGUUUAGCAAACUGUUCAAGCACAAAAACCAUCGUCAUAUGAGAAAUCUGACGCUAUGACUCUCCACAAGUUGUCCUUCAGGUCGUUAUCUUUGUAAUGUUUGUGUCUUUUAUCAAAAAUCACUCUGUUCUCUGACAAGUAAACAAUCAUCCGUUUGGCCAUGUUGGAUAUACCGGUGAAUCAGAUGUCGCAACAACACGUAAUCUGAUUGGUCAGAAGUGGACACACAAUAUGCAAAACUUUGGAAAGUUAGAUCAUGAUCCGAAAAAAUAAAUGCCGCAAUAUCGCAGGACGGGAAAACGUCACUGAUGUGAACGCUUGUAUUGACAGGAUACGAGUUUGAAAAAAAAUAUUGAGGUCCGAAAUAAUCGCACGACAGAAACGGUCCCGAUGGGAAAGGACCUAAAGGAGCACACAAAAAACUUUAUGGAUCGGAUAUCGGAUGAAUGACGCAGAUCUAGCGUUCUGAGCCAGUCUUUUUUUCUUUUAAUUAAUUUUUCUGUUAAUACACGGAAGUCUUCUUUUUGCUGUGCGCUAAUGUGCAAUUUGUUAUUUCUUAAUAUCAAUUUUAGGUCAAUUGGUCACAUGACAUGGAAGCUAUUGAAGGAAAACAGUCUUUCUGAGAACAUCAACCGGUAAUUUAUUGACGGUCCCUUAUUUAAUACCCGAAGUUGACAGUGAGGAUGCCGAGUAGAUUUAACCGCGUUAGAAGACACCGGUAGAUCUGCAGUGCAUGUCCAUCGAAUAUCCAACCUAAAACUAACUUCAUGAAAAAACAUUUGUUGCCUCCGCUAAUUUUUUUUAUGCGCACAUGUGCUCCUAAAUACAUUUUACAAUUCGCACACAUCCAUUUUUAGUCGCAAAUGCGAGUGAAACGGUCACACUGUCAAACCCUGAGCUAUAACAAUUGUGCAGCUCUUUAAAAGUUCCUGGUCUAUGGUCUGUCUUUCUUUCUCUCUUCAGACCUUUCACACUCCCAGCCUCGGCGAUGAGGAGUUCGAGAUCCCCCCCAUCUCUCUGGACCCAGACUCGGCCCUCACCGUGUCAGACGUGGUGUCACAUUUUGGGGAGCUGACAGACACUGGCCCGUCUGACGGCGUUGUGGUCUCCGGGAACGCCGUGGUGGAAGGAGAUGACCCCUCGUUUGCCUCUACCUUCGUCAGUGCACCCUCACAGGGGCUGGAGCACUUGAGUCUGGGGGUCAUGAACCAGUCUGGGGGGAGUGCUCUGCUGGGGUCAUCGUUAGGGAUGGUGAGGAGAGCAGGAUAGUCCAGAUUUAAGGUUCUAUCUGCGUCAAACUUGACUUGAAUUCACUUGAAUUUUCUGCUCCUAGGAUCUUGGACACCCGAUCGGCUCUCAGUUCAGCAGCUCCUCCCCGGUUACCAUUGAUGUCCCGUUGGGUGACAUGAGUCAGGGGCUGCUGGGCUCCAACCAGCUGACUACUAUUGACCAAUCAGAGCUGAGUGCUCAGCUGGGACUUGGUCUGGGAGGAGGGAACAUUUUACAGCGAUCGCAGUCACCUGAAAAUCCACUAUCAGCCACGGCGUCGCCCACCAGCUCGCUCCAGGAUGAUGACAUGGACGACUUUCGACGGGUCAGUCAUUCAUCUUAUGUUUACUCGUCUCUAUUCUGGCAAAAACAUGCUUUAUUAUAUGCAUUAUUUUGAAACGGAUUCUUUCUUUUCUAAUCAGAGCGUCCUGGUCGAGUCUCCCGUCUCCUUGGCCGUUUCCCCCGGCGUCAUCUCCCUCGACCCCUCCUUCUCUGAGUCCCCGACCCCCAGCAUCUCUCCGGCUGUCAUACGGAAACGAGGGGCGCCCCGAAAGAAGCCCGGGAAUAUGAAGAAAGAUCCCAACGAGCCUCAGAAACCUGUGUCGGCCUAUGCCCUGUUCUUCAGGGACACUCAGGCGGCCAUUAAAGGACAAAAUCCCAACGCCACGUUUGGAGAGGUUUCAAAGAUAGUGGCGUCCAUGUGGGACAGCCUUGGGGAGGAGCAGAAACAGGUGAGAGGGAAACACUGGAGACUCUUACCUGGAGUCAUAGGCUGUGUCCGAAAUGGAUCCCUAACCCCUAUAUAGGCGACUAUACGAGGGUAAGCACCAUUUUGAGGGGUGUCCGAAACCUGAGUGAUCAAUUCCAAUGCCCCAUAUAGGCAACUCAAAAUUUCCCAUAGAGCAUUGCAAAAUGUAGUGACCAUCCGAUGGUGACUCACCGGUGGUGGGCAUCCCCAAAAAUCUAUUGUCUGUGAACGCAGUCCAUCAUUGUACCACAAAACUGUACCAUACAAAGAGGAAACCAGAUACAGAUAUGAUCUAGAAGUGCCAUCAACUUCUUUUGGUGGAAGCCCCUUUAAGACAAACUGGGGUGAAGUGGAAAAGUGUCCUGGCAUUUCAGGAGGUCCACUGUCCAGUUAUCGGAGCACAGGCCAGGGUCCCCUAUGACAUGGGGGAUGCAUUAGUGCCUGUGGCAUUGGUAGAUGACACAUCUGGAAAGGCACCAUUAAUGCUGCAGAGUUGCUUAUCUCUGCAAGGCAACGCCAUACAACACAACAGCAUGUCUCCUUAGUAGAAGAGUCCAGGUGCUAAACUGGCCUGCUUGUGGUCCCGACUUAUCACCCAUUACUUCAGACAAGAACAGGACUCACUCAAACUUAACGCUUUGUAGUUUAAAUGAUGUUUCAAGGGUCUGAUGAUUGAGGAAAGUACUCUUCCGGCAUGAGUUCCAUCAUAGUGGACAAGAACUUCAUGCCCUGCUGGGAUUGAAACGUUUUUCCGUAAUAUUUCAGGUCUACAAGAGGAAAAACGAAGCUGCAAAGAAGGAUUACCUAAAGGCGCUGGCAGAGUACAAAUCCCGCAAAUCUUCUCAGGUAAGAAGUCCUUCAUUGUCAAGUAGUUUGACGGCUGUUUCUGUGAUUCAGUGUCUAAAAUCAAUAAAAUCGAAAACCAACACUGGAUGGUAUUUCUAGACCCUGAAGUAGCACCACGUUCAAGACAAUUGACUGUAGUGGAAAUCACCACAUAGACUUAAAAUGGCUUCCAAAAACCGUCUCUUUUUGUCCAUCUGUCCUCUCUCCAGGCUCCUAUUGAAGUCACAGAUACCCCCCCGUCACCUCCAUCUCCCUCCCCAGCUCCCCCCGUCACUGCCUCACCCGCCUCGACUCUGGGGACUCGCUCCACCCGCUCCCAGCACUACAACCCCGAGGAGAACACUAUCACCAACAUCUGCACCUCCAACAUCAUCCUGGACCUCCCCCGGGUCACCACCCGCUCCUGCACCGGCGCCAUCAAACCCCAACCUCCGCCCGCCUCCAUUCCGCCAAACCCCCCCACUGUCACCAAGAUCAUCAUCAAGCAGACACCGCUGCCCUCCGGCGGCGUUUCCGUCACGGCGACGACGGCCUCCUCCUCGCCGCGCCAGCCUCCACCUCUACAGCAGAUGCAGAGUAACCCCCCUCCUCCUCGGCUGCAGCAGAUGGUACACGCCCAGGCUCCGCCUCCUUUGCAGGCGAAACCACGAGGAGGAGGAGCAGUUGCUGCUACGGCUCCACCUCCUCUGCAGAUCAAAGUCGCCCCGUCAGCGAGACAGACGGAUGCAGGCGUGCCGAUCAUCGUGAAAUCAACAGGUGACACGUCCACGGUGGAGGUGAGACGCUCGGGUGAAGUGGAGGCUGGAGGAGAGGAGGGGGCGGAGGCAGAAGAAGGGGUGAGACACAUACUUGUUGCGUUCACUGUCUGAGAAAAGCUCUGUAAAUGUCUGUAUUUAUCCUAAACCGUGUUUUGUGUCUCAGAUGGAGGUGGAGGUGAACGUCGCCCCCGUCCCGAGUAUGACGGCCAACGCCAGUCCAAAUAUGUGUGUGCGCGCCGGCUGCAACAAACCAGCUGUGGAGAGCAAAGACUGGGACAAGGAGUACUGCAGCAACGAGUGUGUCGCCACGCACUGCAGGUGAGUUCACAAUAACAACAACAAGGUUUUAAAGUGCCGUCCUACCCAAAACAAGGGGGCGAUGGGGGUCUUUUCAGCUGCGCUGUUUUCCGACCCCAUACAACCGUCAACAACAGCAGCAGGUACGUGCCAGACGCCAGACAUGGCUACGACUACUGCUGGGCAUUUUCGAGCAAGAAGAUGGAGCAUCGUACAGCGUUGUUUUUGGCGUACAUGAUGGACGCGCUACUUCUUCUGCAGAUGAGAUGCGCGCUACCCCUCUUCUCUGGUGUUUUUGUUCUGGAGUUACGCAAAGUUGCACACACGGAAAUGCAUUGUCUGAUCACACUUCGACUACGCUGGUUACAUGGUAGAAUAAAUUGAAUUCCAAUGGCAUUAUCUGGGUGUCUUAUCGGAGUUCCCAAACUCAGAUUAUGGUCGGACGAAGGUGUUUACAUGCACUUCAGUUGCUCGGUCUCGAAAUGUCAGAAUAAGGCAAUAAUCAAUUUUUCCCGAGUGUCAUGUAAACGUACUGACUGUAUGGAGUUUUCUCGCUCUUAUUCUUGAUGCGUCUUCAUGUCAGACAUGGUUUAAGCAGAUUUUGAAAAGUUCUGCCAUUUUUUAAAGCUGGAUUCUGUUGGUCUUGUAGCUACACUCUUGCUAGACGCUACAUCUUUUGAGUCGGUUUCGUCGUGAUUUAUGCUGCAUUCCAGUUGUACUCAGAAGUCGUGAUUCCCGAGCACCGAGUCGGAUGUACUUCUGGAACACCCCCCUGAAGUCAGAUUUCCGACCUCGCCAACCCUGACUUGACGACGACAUCAUAAUUCAAGAUGGUAGCGCAGUGCAUCAACAGUGAAGAGUAACAGUGAAAGCUCUCGUAAUGUAUUACUUAUUAGCACUUCUGUUUUGUUUUAAAUUACAUAAGUGGUAUAUGUCGUACUGCCCAACGUCUAACAGUGAACACGGUGCUACUGACAACCGCUAACAACAACUGACAACGGCCAAAGACAGCUGAUAAUUGUAAACAACAACAACAGGUAUCUGUAGGCGUCCAUCUUAGUUUUCCGACUUGUUAACUGGAACGCCGUCAACUCAGGUGUCGCGUCAUUCCUAACAUCUAACUUCCGAGGUAACUGGAACGCAGCAUAAAUUCUUCGUCUGAACGUUAGUCCCUCAGAACAUCCUAACAUAUCUUAAUAUAAACCAGCGAAAAUGACUGUAUCGUUUCUCCUCCUCAGGGACGUAUUCAUGGCCUGGUGCGCCAUCCGAGGGCAGAACUCCACCACCAUCACAUAGGAGGAAAAAAAAAUGUAUGGAGGAACGCGACACGGAGAGAAAACAGACAAAGAAUUGACCCAAGAAAUGCAAACAUGAGGAGCGAACAGUGAAAGAUGGGGCUCAGGUAUCGGCACAUAAUAGAUUGUUUUAUCAUGGAAAGAAGAAGAAGAACAACAACAACAAAGCAGAGAGAGAAAGUGUGUGAAAGUCACUCCGAUUGAUGAUUAUGCGAUUGAUUAGACUCUCUGGCGCCCUCAUACUUCUACACACGGGAAUGACAACUCAUACCAAUGACAUUUCAACGGAAUAAGGAGAAAGGAAAGACUCGUUCCUGCCGCCCUCAGACCUCCUCCACUCAUCAUCUCUUUUUUUGAUUUGCAUCAUGGACUUUGUGAAUAUAGAAACAGAUCAUUUUUUUAUGGACUGAUGGUGUUUUUAAUUGAUGUAAAAAGAAAAACGUGCAGGAAAUCAUGAUCUUGCAUUAUUUUAUUUAAAUAAUUCCACCUCUUAUGUGUUUGCUCUUCCCUUUACUGCUACAUCCAGGAGGAAUAUUAUGAAUGAAAUCUAAGAAGUGUUUUUUGUGUAUUUUUUUUUCCUGUCAUAAACGGGUCAGUGGCUUCUUUAAGGUACAGGCGAACAAUAACUGGACAAAGCACAAACGGGCGUAAAGGUAGUUUGGAGUCAUAGGAGGGUGAGAUGUUGGGGUAAAGGCGAGUUUGUUACCUUUUAAAGCGAGUCAACAAAAAAAAAGCUAUCAUCAUUCAUGAGGUUUUAGAGUAAGCUCUCUGAACAGGUGCUAAAAUUCAGGAAAGAAAUGAGCUCUUCAACUUUUCUCUGUCCUCAUUUCCUGUUGAAAACACCCCCCGCAACAAUAAGACCUUUUUUUUUAACCUGUGGUGCAUAUUUUGUUUGAUGACCAACAUUUUGUGGUGAAAUGUGUUUGAGGAAAAAUAAAUAAGAAAAUAUAUGAAUGAAUUAAAACACACCAGCUUCGAUAACACUUCUGUGAGGGGGGGAAAGGGAAUCCAGUGCAAAAGCUUUACUGUUUUAUUUAAAGGUCUGCUGUCAGGUCAGUUUAAUUAUGGAGGAAGGGAUGGUCACUUCCCAAAAUAAAACCGUUCACACUCGCAGAAAUCAUGCUGGGUUGAUUGUAGAUAUCCUGGAAAUGUUUGUAAUUGUGGAAUAAAAUAUUUUAUGUUUUAAUAUACAUUUUUUGAAGCACAUUUUGGCCUCGCAAAAGCAGCUGGAGUUGAAUUAAUCUGAUAUAUUUCAUGGCACAGUCCUUUUUUCUUUGGAUGCUGAGCACAUAAAUAAGUCAAUUUAUUUGUUCAUCUUUGUUUUGGAGCGGUUUUGCUUUGAUUGAGGACUUACUUGAGUCAAAUAGUCAUUUUAAGUUGGCCAAUUUUCUGCAAACAUUGAGUUUCUGUUUUCUUUACAAUGCCUGUUUUAAUGGGAUAAAUACAGCCAUUUUACAAUCAGUGACGCCUUUUCUACAGGAGGAGCAGCCACACAAUGAGCAGUAUUAUAUUCAAAGAGGGGGUUGUGUUACCGCUUCCUACCUUCACUCUUAAUAGAUUUUGUUAAUCCGUCAAAACUGGCAGUUUGAUACAAAAUUUGAUGUUACUGUUUUGCAAUACAAGCUUAAAGCCUUAAUUAAAGCUUCUGUGGGGAGUUUUUUGACAUCUAUAAAAUAGAUUGAAAUUAAUAUGGAUGAAUGUUUAUGUUAUACAAAAGCUAAUAAAACCGUCGGCAACAUGA